AUGGGCUUUCUCUACUCCCAACUAUUUGUCCGACCAGUGUACCCAACAAGAUCGUUCGCUGGUGAGACUGUGAUCGUGACAGGCUCGAAUAUUGGUUUGGGCAAGGAAGCAGCUCGACACUUUGCGCGUUUAGGUGUCUCAAAACUCGUCUUAGCCGUCCGCAACAUUGAGGCAGGAGAGGAAGCAAAGAAGGAUAUUGAGAGUACCACAAAUUGUGGCAAGUCGGUGAUCGAGGUGUGGUCGCUCGACCUCUCCUCCUACGAAUCAGUCAAAGAUUUUGCUGAACGUGCAUCAAAUCUAGACCGCAUCGACGUACUUCUUGAGAAUGCCGGUAUAGCCACAAGAUACUGGUCUAUGGCCGAAGGCCACGAGCGCACGAUCACCGUCAAUGUGAUCAGCACCUUUCUACUCGCGCUGCUCCUCCUCCCUAAGCUCAAGUUAACAGCCAAGAGAUUCAACACCGAACCGCGGCUCGUGAUAGUCUCCAGCGAAGUCCACGGGUGGACCAAAUUCCCGGAGUGGAAAGAACCCAAUAUCUUUGAUGCGCUUGACAACAAGGAAAAGACAAACCACGAAGAGCGGUACCAAACGAGUAAACUACUGGAAGUCCUCACAAUUCGACAAAUUGCGCCCAAGCUUGAUGGCUCUGGUGUCAUUCUCAACUACCUCAACCCGGGACUCUGUCGUUCCGCGCUUGGUCGCGAGGGCAAUAUCGUGCUGAAAAUCAUGUAUUUCAUACGCCUCCCACGGACGACCGAAGUAGGAAGCCGGACACUAGUGGCCAGUGCUGCGGCCGGACGUGGAUCCCACGGCAAAUACAUGAGCGAUUGCAAGGCUGAUGACAGCGCACUGGCGCCGUUCCCACGAAGCAGCGAUGGAAAGAAAGCAUCCGAGAAGGUUUGGAGUGAGCUGUCAGCAAUUCUCGAAAGCAUUCAGCCUGGAGUAACUGCGAAUCUUUGA